AUGUCCGCCGACACCAUCAGUAACCCUCAGCCCGCCAGCGAGUCCAAGAGCGCUCGCAAGAAGCGUGAGAAGGCCGAACUCGCCGCCGCCCAAGCACCCGCCCAGACCCAGCAAGACAGUGAUGGCCAGAAGACUCCGACUCCUGAUGUCGCAGACACCAACGGCGAUGCCUUCGAGAGUUCCUAUGUCAAGGAACUUCAGAAGAACAUCCGCAAUGUGAACAAGAAGCUUAACGCCAUGACUAAGUUGGACUCGAUCCUCGCCGAGAACCCUGGCAAGUCUCUGGACGAACUUCUUGCUUCGCGCAAGAUCAACGCCGACCAAAAGGCCCAAGCCUCGAAGAAGCCCGCCCUCCAAGCCUCGCUCGCCCAGCUCGAAGAACAGAUCGCCCAGUACAAGAAGGUCGAUGCCGACUACCAGUCGCGCAUGUCCGCUCAGCACUCGCACCUGACUUCGUCUCACCAGGCCGAGAUCGAGAAGCUGAAGGCUGAUCUCAAGGACCAGCUCGAGGAACAACUCAACUCUGCCCUGCGCCAGAAGCUACUCACCUUCAGCCAGUUCCUCAGAGCUGCCGCUGCCAAGCGUGUCAUUGAAGAGGAGGCUGACUCUGAUGAGUCCAAGGCAUUCGAGGGUGCUCUUUUGCUAGUCUACGGAGGUGACGACAAGGCCGUCGAUGCCGUUAUGAACCUGAUCCAGGGUUCUGACGAGCAGGUCCCUUCGGUUGAGGGCGAACUCUUGCCCGUCAAGUACUCGCAGGUCAAGCAAGCCGCUGUCGGAUUUGGCGCCUUCCCUGGCGAGGAGUCUGCACAAGAGGAGACCCCUGCCGAGUCCACUGACGCUCCCGCUGUCCAGCCCGAGGAUACUAUCCCUUCCAGCGAUCCCACCAUCGCCCACGCCGGUCUCACCGAGCUCGGUCUGAACCAGCCCGCAGAGGAGGAAAAGCCCGUUGUCGCUGCCGAAGACCUGCCCAUCGCCGAGGCAUCCAUUGACGACGGUUCCGCCAACAAGUCAGCCGAGACACAGUGGGACAACGCCGCUGCCACCGCCGGUAACGACGAACAGCUUGACGACUCUUUCGAGAUGGUCCCCCGUCCCGCCGACGAGACCGAGGCUGUCCACGAGCCCGCCCAGCCGCAGUCGACCAGCUCCUGGGCCGAUCAGACCUCCGCAAACGCCACCGCUACCGAGGCCGCUGCUGAGAACAACAACACUACCAACGGUCUUGCUUCGACCGAUGCCGAGGGCUACCAAUCUGUCGAGAGACGCGGAGGAAGAGGCGGACAAGGCCGUGGAGGUCGUGGACGCGGUCGUGGUGGACCUAGAGGAGGUGCUCGCGGCAACUUCAGAGGCCGUGGCGAGGGUCAAGGUCGCGGCCGUGGCGGCCGCGGCGGUGCCCCUCAGCCCCAGGCAUAG